AUGGCUCUGAACCACAACCCCUCUUACAAGCUCAUACAUCACACACCACAACCUGCUUCAGAUUCUGCUUCUGCUUUGCCUGUACUGGCCAUCAUUGUUCCCAGCAUCUUUGUCUCUGCUUUCAUACUCAUCACCUACUUAACUCUUGUGACCAAAUGCUUCUCAAACUGGUACCUACUUAACCCCUUGAGAUGGAUCUCCACCCUUUGUACCUCACAACAUGAAGAUCAAGACCCCUUCAUAGCACUCUCUCCAAGGAUGUGGAACCAAGGACUUGAUGAAUCUGACAUCAGAGAAAUCCCGACACUUCAAUUCACAAAAGGAGAAGUUGAAAAGAAUCAAAGUGUGUUUGGCUGCGUGGUUUGUUUGACUGAGUUUCAAGAUCAUGAUAUGCUAAAAGUUCUUCCCAUUUGCAAACAUGCCUUUCACUUGCAUUGCAUUGACAUUUGGCUUCAAACCAAUGCCAAUUGCCCUCUUUGUAGAUCAAGCAUUCUUUCGGGAAACACACACUUUCCAAUGGAUCAUGUCAUAGCUCCAAGCUCUUCUCCUCAGGACUCUCAAAUGUUCUCUUACACGGGCAGUGAAGAGGAUUUCGUGGUAAUUGAACUCGGGGGAGAACGUGGCGUAGCACUGCCUCAGAUGCAACAAGAAAGAAGUGACUCAAGGGAAAUAACAGUACAGAGUAGAAGUCACUCCAUUACAAGGAAUGUUUCCAUCAUGGGAGAUGAGUGCAUUGAUGUUAGGAAGAAAGAUGAGCAGUUUUCUAUUCAGCCUAUUCGAAGAUCUUUCUCAAUGGAUUCAGCAAACGAUAGGCAAGUUUACUUAGAUUUUCAAACCAUCAUAGAACAGAAUAAUAGGCAUCAAAAUCAGGCUAGUGCCAGCGAAGAUUGUAAUAGCAGAGGUCCAAUAUCACUCUUUCCAUUUCGUUAA